UUAACUCUUGGAUUCAAAUUCGAUUCGAACGUGGAGUUGUCAAGUUGUGAAGAACAUUAUUCGACUGCUGCGGUGUGACGGUUUUGUUUUAUUUAUUGUAUUAUAUUGUAAGAAAAGAAUUCUAUAAAAAUUUAAAAAUACAUUUGAAAAGAGGAAUAAUUUUACGCCUGCUUUAUUUGCGUGCAUUACGCUGAAAAAGUUUCGGUGCGUGAGUGCUGUAAAUUGUGCUGGUGUGUCAAGCUAGCGCUCCGCUGGGCAGCAGAAGUAAAUUUCACUGCCAACAGCUUAAAGGAAUUAAAAAGUGGUCAAGUGGACGCCUAACAAGUGCAACAUAUUUCCAUGCAUUCAUAAAUGCACUAAAUGAAUUCUAGCUGAAUAUUUAAUUAUAUUAUACAAUAAUGAAUGCUUUUGGUUUGACGACAGCGCUGCUUUGUUGUGGAAUUUUUUUCAUAAGCUGCAACAUACGGAAUGUGACUGCAGAUUCCUAUAGCGACUACUUUUCUGAUUACGAUUGUAAUCAGCCACUUAUGGAGCAUGCCGUCCUCACGGCCACUUCUUCUUUGAACGAUCGAGGACCGGAGAAGGCGCGACUUAAUGCCGGUACUUCGUGGUCUGCGAAAAAUUCCGAUUUCGAUCAACGGCUUAUCAUCGAUUUGGGUUAUGUGAGAAAUGUGACACACAUCGCAUUGCAAGGACGACCGCACAGCGAUGAGUAUGUCACUGAGUAUUCAAUUAGUUAUGGCAUAUCUGAUUUGGAGUUUGCCGACUAUAAAGAACCAGGUGGCAACAUUAAGAUGUUCAAGGGUAACUCCGAUGGCAAUUCCAUACACUACAAUGUCUUCGAGGUGCCCAUAAUUGCGCAGUGGGUUCGCAUUAAUCCAACGCGCUGGCACGAUCGUAUUUCAAUGCGUGUCGAACUCUAUGGCUGCGAUUACGUUGCUGAAAACCUGUACUUCAACGGCACCGGUCUCGUCACCUACGAUCUGCAGUAUGAGCCAGUGGCAUCCUCACGCGAAUCAAUACGUUUCCGUUUCAAAACCGCUUUCGCCAAUGGCCUACUAAUGUACUCACGCGGCACACAAGGCGAUUAUUUUGCGCUGCAGCUUAAGGAUAAUAAAAUGAUAUUGAAUCUGGAUUUGGGCAGCAGUUUGAUGACUUCACUUUCCGUGGGCAGUCUGUUGGACGACAAUGUGUGGCACGAUGUGGUGAUCUCACGCAAUCGUCGUGAUAUUAUCUUCUCUGUGGAUCGCGUCAUAGUACGUGGACGCAUUAAAGGCGAAUUCACGCGCUUGAAUUUGAAUCGUGCCCUCUACCUUGGCGGUGCACCCAAUAUUCAAGAAGGCAUAAUUGUAACGCAAAAUUUCACCGGCUGCAUGGAAAAUAUAUUCAUCAAUUCAACGAAUUUCGUGCGCGCCAUGAAGGACAGUUUCGAAUAUGGCGACGCGUAUCGUUAUACGAAAUACCACACCGUUUAUGCAUGCCCCUCGCCACCGAUAUACCCGGUUACAUUCACCACACGCGGCUCAUAUGUGCGCAUAAAGGGUUAUGAAGCGCAAAGCACCAUGAAUGUUUCCUUCUAUUUCCGCACUUACGAGGAUAGAGGCAUAAUGUUGCAUCAUGAUUUCGCUUCUGGCGGCUAUGUGCGCGUAUUUUUGGAUUAUGGUAAGGUGAAAAUCGACAUGAAAUUGGGCGAUAAGCCACGCAUCAUACUGGACAAUUACGAUGAACAAUUCAACGAUGGCAAAUGGCAUUCGUUUGUGCUGACAAUUGGGCGUAAUCGUUUGGUGCUCGACAUCGAUCAACGGCCGAUGACCACAACAAAGAACAUACAAAUAUCUACGGGCAAGGUUUACUUCAUUGCGGGCGGUGUGGAUAAGAAUGGCUUCGUCGGUUGCAUGCGGCUGAUAUUAGUCGAUGGCAAUUAUAAGUUACCCAAGGAUUGGGUGCAGGGUGAAGAGGUGUGUUGUGGUGAUGAGGUUGUGGUGGACGCCUGUCAAAUGAUUGAUCGUUGCAAUCCGAAUCCAUGCCAGCACAGUGGUGUUUGCCACCAGAAUUCAAUGGAGUUCUUCUGUGACUGUGCCAACACCGGCUAUGCGGGUGCUGUGUGUCACACAUCUAACAAUCCACUCUCGUGUCAGGCCUACAAGAAUGUGGGACAUGUGCAUCAACGCGUUAAUUUGAAGAUUGAUGUGGACGGCAGUGGUCCACUCGAACCGUUCCCAGUUACUUGCGAGUUCUAUUCCGACGGUCGCGUUGUUACCACUCUCAGUCACAGUCAAGAGCACACAACCACCGUAGAUGGCUUCCAGGAGCCUGGCUCGUUCGAACAAAAUAUCAUGUAUGAUGCCAAUAUGCUGCAAGUCGAGGCGCUGUUGAAUCGCUCACAUACCUGCUGGCAGCGUUUGAGCUAUGCGUGCCGCUCAUCGCGUCUCUUCAAUUCGCCUUCUGAAGUGGGUAAUUUCCGUCCCUUCUCUUGGUGGGUGUCCCGUCACAAUCAACCUAUGGACUAUUGGGCUGGCGCUCUGCCCGGUUCGCGUAAAUGUGAGUGCGGCAUUUUGGGCAAAUGUCACGAUCCCACAAAAUGGUGUAAUUGCGAUUCUAACAACCUCGAAUGGACUGAAGAUGGCGGUGAUAUACGUGAAAAGGAGCACUUACCGGUGCGUGCGGUGAAAUUCGGCGACACUGGCACACCGCUCGAUGAGAAACAAGGCCGUUACACCCUGGGUCCACUACGUUGCGAGGGUGAUGAUCUAUUCACCAAUGUGGUGACAUUCCGUAUUGCCGAUGCCACCAUUAAUUUACCACCAUUCGAUAUGGGUCAUUCGGGUGAUAUUUACUUGGAAUUCAAGACGACACAAGAAAAUGCGGUGCUCUUCCAUGCAACUGGACCGACAGAUUACAUCAAAUUGAGCAUAAACGGCGGCAACAAAUUGCAGUUCCAAUAUCAAGCAGGCAGCGGACCACUUGGCGUGAAUGUCGGUACAAGCUAUCACUUGAACGACAAUCAGUGGCACACAGUGAGCGUGGAGCGUAAUCGCAAGGAAGCUCGUCUCGUUGUUGAUGGUUCCAUCAAAGCGGAGGUGCGUGAGCCACCAGGCCCAGUGCGCGCUUUACAUCUCACCUCAGAUUUGGUUAUUGGCGCUACAACGGAGUACCGUGACGGCUAUGUGGGCUGCAUACGCGCUCUGUUGCUCAACGGCAAAAUGGUGGAUCUGAAACAAUAUGCAUUACGUGGACUGUACGGUGUGAGCGCCGACUGUGUGGGCCGUUGUGAGUCUAGCCCAUGCCUGAACAAUGGCACAUGCAUCGAACGUUAUGAUGGAUACUCAUGCGAUUGCCGUUGGAGUGCAUUUAAGGGACCCAUUUGUGCUGAUGAAAUUGGCGUCAAUUUGCGCACCAGCUCUAUUAUACGCUACGAGUUCGAGGGCUCCUUCCGCUCUACGAUUGCCGAAAAUAUACGCGUUGGUUUUACAACAACAAUACCAAAAGGUUUUCUACUAGGUUUCUCGUCAAAUUUGACUGGUGAAUAUUUGACGAUACAAAUAUCAAAUUCAGGUUUCUUGCGUUGUGUUUUCGAUUUCGGUUUUGAGCGUCAGGAGAUUAUAUUCCCUAAGAAACAUUUCGGUUUGGGUCAAUACCACGAUGUGCGGUUCUCACGUAAAAAUGGCGGUUCAACGGUGGUGCUUACUGUGGACAAUUACGAGCCGGUCGAAUAUCAUUUCGAUAUAAAAGCCAGUGCGGAUGCGCAAUUCAAUAACAUUCAAUACAUGUAUAUAGGCAAAAAUGAAUCGAUGACGGACGGUUUCGUGGGCUGUGUGUCGCGUGUGCAAUUCGAUGAUAUCUAUCCGCUGAAGCUGAUGUUCCAACAGAAUCCACCAUCUAACGUGAAAUCAUUGGGCACUCAACUAACGGAAGACUUUUGCGGCGUGGAACCCGUUACACAUCCGCCCAUUGAAAUUGAAACGCGUCCACCACCACUUGUGGAUGAGGAUAAACUGCGCAAGGCAUAUGGCGGCUUCUCCAUUGUUUUGGGCUUCAUUUUGGCUAUACUGCUGCUACUAUUGCUGCUCAUGGUCUUCUUAAUUGGCCGUUACGUGCACCGUCAUAAAGGAGAUUAUCUGACGCAUGAAGAUGAGGGCGCCAACAAUGCCGAUGAUCCGGACGAGGCCGUGUUGCACUCGAGAACAGGUCAUCAAGUGACGAAACGAAAAGAGUGGUUCAUAUAGUUCGGUAUGCAGCACAUAGGCAAUUGGAGCACGUAGUCGUCGCGGUAGCUACAACUCCAUAUAGCCUGCUGCUCACCACUAUACAACGCACGUAUGCGUACGCACCCACACACACACAAACAUACACUUGUAAGAAUCAGAAAUUGUUGAAUGGAUUUUUCAAAAGCAACUCGUUGCCGUAGAGUAGCGUCAAAUACAUUUUACACAUAAUAACUAUGUAAUUAUAUUAAGCAUGACAUGACAAACGGCGACGCAGACGUUUAGCCAUAGAGAAGUAUAACGUAAUGCGUGUGAAAAAUUAAAAUUGUAAACGAAACUAAGAAUUUGCAGCAGUACAUUAAGAAAAAAACUGUGAGCGAAACGAAAGUAAUAUUCAUUUAACUCAACGAAUGAAAAAAUCAAAAGCAAAUCACAAUAAAUUAAGCGAAAUUAAAGUGAGAACAUUUCUCGUUGGACGUUGCGUGUCACACUGCCAAUUUUGAAAUAAGAAAAUACCAGUUGGAAGUGGUAUAUUACGCAAAAGGGUCUUAGACGUCGCGGCAUACCUAUAAAGUCAAGUGUUCUUAUCUACAUAAAUUGAAAAAAAAAAACCAAAGGGCAUAUACCAUAUACAGAUAUUGCCCGAAAAUUAGACCCACUAACUUUUUCUUCCAACUGGUUGUUUGAUUAUGAGUAAUUUUUGUGGUCAUUCUUUUUGCUGAAUUCUUCGUACUGUGUUCGGUUGCUUACUUUAGCUUUUCGUUUAGUUGCAUGUUUCCAUCGCGUAUUUCUUAAUUAUUUUU